UUUCCAGGACCAGGGGAUAGCGACGUGUGACUACCUCACAACUAGCGGCAAAGUCCAAAAGGCCGCGGACAGUGUUCGGGGUGCGCGGCUGGGGAACGACAACCACCCUCCCUGCUGCCCUCUGGACGAGGGAGCUGGACCUACGACUUUCCGCCGCUGGCUCCGCCCCUUGCCCCGGAAACGCUUGCUGAGGGUGGAGGUUUCUGGGCCCGUGCGUGAGCGCCACUUCCUUUUUUGUCCGACAUCUUAGCGAGGCUGCGGUGUUGGCUGUUGCUCUCUGAGCUUCGCUAUGCCGCCCAAGGACGACAAGAAGAAGAAAGAUGCCGGGAAAUCGGCCAAAAAAGACAAAGACCCAGUGAACAAAUCUGGGGGCAAGGCCAAAAAGAAGAAGUGGUCCAAAGGCAAAGUUCGGGACAAGCUCAAUAACCUGGUCUUGUUUGAUAAAGCAACGUACGACAAACUCUGUAAGGAAGUUCCCAAUUAUAAGCUUAUAACUCCAGCUGUCGUUUCUGAGAGACUGAAGAUUCGAGGUUCCCUGGCCAGGGCAGCCCUUCAGGAGCUCCUUAGUAAAGGACUUAUUAAACUCGUCUCAAAGCACAGAGCUCAAGUAAUUUACACCAGAAACACCAAGGGUGGAGAUGCCCCAGCUGCUGGUGAAGAUGCAUGAACAGAUUCCACCACCAACUGUACAUUUUGGAAAA